AUGGCCUCUCCAAUCCCCGUUUCCGCGACCAUCGAAAAGACAGACUACACACGCUGGCGUCUCAGGUCUGAGGAUGGCCGGCAGACAUGGCACUACCUCACCACCGACAAAGAGCUAGCAGCCUGGCCGCAGUCCGUGGCCGACAAGUACCAUCUCGGCCUCCCCACCGACCUCCCAUCCCUCCCGCCAGCCCACUCCCCCUCGACGCCGCCCGCAACGGCCUCUCCUUCUUCUCCCACCUGCAAAUGCCCGAAGGCCAAUGGGCCUGCGAAUACGGCGGCCCCAUCCUACCUCUCCGCGCGCGCCCACCCCGUCGACGGCGGCUGGGGCCUGCACAUCGAAGGCGACACCUCCGUCUUCGGCACCGCCUGCAACUACACCGUCCUCCGCAUCCUCGGCAUGGACCCCACCCACCCGGUCGCCACAAAGGCCCGCAACACACUGCACAGGCUCGGCGGCGCCCUCGGCUCCCCGCACUGGGGCAAGUUCAUGCUCGCGCUCCUCGGCUGCUACGCAUGGGAAGGCAUGAACCCGAUCCCGCCGGAGCUCUGGCUCCUCCCAACCUGGAUCCCCUUCCACCCCUGGCGCUGGUGGUGCCACAACCGCCUCGUCUACCUCGCAAUGAGCUACAUGUACUCGCUGAAGCGCUCGCACCCCGAGAACGAGCUGACGCGCUCGCUGCGCGAGGAGCUCUACACGCAGCCGUAUGCGUCAAUCGACUUUGCGCAGCACCGCAACACCGUCGCCCCGGGCGACAUCUACCACCCGCACACCAAGCUCCUCGACGCGCUCAACGGCGCGCUCGGCGUCUGGGGCUCCUACCUGUGUCCGGGCGUCGUGCAGAAGGUGGCAAGAGACCAUGUCUACGAGCUCAUCAAGCGCGAGGACGAGGCGUCCGAGUACUGCUGCCUCGGCCCCGUCAACAGCCCGUUCAACCUCAUUGCGCGCUACUUCGCCGAAGGCGAGGACUCGGACGCGGUGCGCGCGCACCGCGAGACGCUGAAAGACUUCCUGUGGGUCAAGAACGAGGGGAUGCUGGUCAACGGCACGGACGGCGUGCAGUGCUGGGACACGUCGUUCCUCAUCCAGGCCAUCUACGAGAGCAAUCUCGCCGAGGCGCCCGAGUACCGCGCCAUGCUCAUCAAGGCGCUGCAGUUUCUCGAAACCCAGCAGAUCCGCGCGGACGUGGCGGAGGCCGACAAGGCGUACCGCCACCAGCGCAAGGGCGCAUGGCCGUUCUCGAAGCGCACGCAGGGCUACACGGUCUCCGACACGACGGCGGAGGCGCUCAAGAGCGUGCUCAUGCUGCAGUCUGUGCCGGGGAUGCCGCAGCUCAUCGGCGUGGAGCGCCUCCAGGACGCCGUCGACGUGCUGCUGACGAUGCAGAACCCCAACGGCGGCUUCGGCACGUACGAGCUCGCGCGAGGCGGCAAGUGGCUCGAGGCGCUCAACGCCGCCGAGGUCUUUGGCGGCAUCAUGAUCGAGUACGAGUACCCCGAGUGCACGACGGCCGUGGUCAUGGGGCUGUCGUACUUCCGCAAGACAUACCCGCGCUACCGCGCGGCCAAGAUCGACAACGUGAUCCGGCGCGCCGUGGCGUGGAUCAAGAGCGCGCAGCGCGACGACGGCAGCUGGUACGGCAGCUGGGGCAUCUGCUUUACGUAUGCGAUCAUGUUUGCCGUGGAGGCUCUGAGGAGCGUCGGCGAGAUCUGCCAGAACUCGGCGGUGGUGCGACGGGCGUGUGAGUUCCUCGUGAGCAAGCAGCGCGAGGAUGGAGGGUGGGGGGAGAGUUAUAGGAGUAGUGAGACGGGCGUGUAUACGCAGCACCGCGACAGCCAGGUUGUGAAUACGGCGUGGGCGGUGAUUGCGUUGAUGCAUGCCGAGUGGCCGGACGUGGGGCCGAUCGAGAGGGGGAUUAGGCUGCUUAUGGCGCGGCAGAGGGGGAAUGGGGAGUGGGCGCAGGAGGCGAUUGAGGGCGUGUUUAAUAAGAGUUGUAUGAUCUCGUAUCCGAACUACAAGUUUACGUUUACGAUCAAGGCGCUGGGAAUGUAUGCGAGGCUGUACAGGAACCCGCAGCUGAGGCCUGAAGCGUAG